AUGCAUAAACUGUUUAUAUUAUACCUCUUUGCUAGCAUUGCCAGCGCUGCACCUAGCACAAGUCAUUGCCGCUGCCGACCGCAUGAAAGCUGCUGGCCAUCUAAGCAAAAAUGGUCUGGCUUGAACGACACGAUACAAGGAAACCUUAUUGCCGUAAGGCCCGUCGCGUCGGUUUGCCAUGCGGCAGAGUUUGAUCAAGCAGCAUGUAAGGAUGUCACGAACAACUGGUCCGACUCCACCUGGCGAGCUGCUCAGCCCGGUGCUGGACAGUGGGAGAAUUGGGAGGCUUGGCCAGAGCGACACCAAACCUGCUAUAUAGGGUCAGCCCAGAAUACAGCCUGCGGUCAGGGUCGUAUUUCGUUGUACUCUGCGAAGGUACAGACGGCUUCACAUGUUCAGAAGGCUGUGCGGUUUGCGAGUACACAUAACCUUCGACUCGCCAUUAAGAAUUCUGGUCAUGACUUCCUAGGUCGUUCAACAGCCCCGGGGUCAUUGCAGAUUUUGACCAAUGGUAUGAAGGAUAUCAAGUUUGUUAGCAACUUUAUGCCGGUUGGUGCGCCGAAGGGCAAGGGUGAGGGCAAAGCAGUCACUCUGUCGGCGGGCGUCAACCUGGCCGAACUUUACAAAGCAGUGGCAGAGCAUAAUGUGACUGUCAUUGCGGGUGCUUCACACACUGUUGGUGCGGCCGGGGGGUAUAUUCAAGGUGGAGGUCAUUCACCUUUUGGUGCCUGGAAGGGACUGGCAUCUGACAAUGCCCUUGAGUUCGAAGUUGUAACGGCUGAUGGAAAUCUCGUCACAGCAAAUGCAUAUCAGAAUAGUGACCUGUUCUGGGCCCUGCGAGGUGGCGGCGGAGGAACAUUUGGAGUUGUGGUUAAUGUCACUGUUCGGACGUUUCCAGAAGUCCCAGUCAUAGUCGCCAAUGUCAACAUCACAACAUCUGCAGGGGAUCCUCAAUUCUGGAACGCCCUCACCGAGUGGCACGCAGCACUUCCAGGCCUCAACAACGCCGGUGGUUCUGGGUACUAUUUUGGAAUCCCUGAUAUGCCUCUCAAUGCGACGAUCAGCGUUUCCAGCGUCAUAUCGUUGCUUAUGUUCCCAGAACACACCGACACAAGCGCAAUUGACAGACUGUAUGCCCCAUUGGUCAAAAGCCUGCAAUCAAUGCCUGGUGUGACAGUCCAGUAUGGGGCCUUCGGUUUACCCACCAUGAACUCAACGAUUCAAACCAUGCUCUUGGAAGGUAAUGCCGACACCACAAGUGGAAUGACAACACUGGUAUCCCGUCUGUAUUCCAAGGACCUCUUGCUAUCCAAAGACGGACCGAGUCGACUGUCCAAGACGUGGAGUAGCCUCAGAUUCGAUCCCGGACAAACAUUCAUCGGUCAUGUGGUUGCAGGGGGUGCAGUCGCAGCCAAUGGCAACAAGAUUGACAGUGCUGUUAACCCGGCUUGGAGGAAGGCCGUUGUGCACCUGCUGUAUUCAAGAAGCUGGAAUGCCACCACAACACUUGCACAGCAACAUGCCAUUAUUAAGAAUGCCACAGAGGUUGAAAUCCCUCUCAUUCGUUCCGUCGAGGGCGAGGACCAGAUGGGUGCUUAUCUCAACGAGGCGCAUCCUUAUGAGCCUGGUUUCCAGAGGUCGUUCUGGGGAGACAACUAUCCUCGUUUGUACACCCUCAAGCAGAAAUGGGAUCCGAAAGGGCUUUUCAUUGCUCGGAAAGGAGUAGGUAGUGAAGACUGGGAUGAUGCGGGGUUGUGUUUGAGCAACUAA